AUGGCUUCCAGAUCCAUCGCGCCAAUCGAGAUUGGCUCUUUCACGGCAUCGUCGCCACACAAGACCGAGUUUAUUGGUAGCGCAAGCGGCGUGUUCUUUGUAAACACCGUCUUCCGCGCAUUUGCGCAGUCCGCUUACAGCUCCAACAAUGCUGACUCUCGGACGUUGCAUCAUGAUCCAGGAUCGGUGGAUAGCCGUCUUGUUGAUCCUGAGACUCCAUUGCAGGCCGAAGACGAGAAUGUCGGUGUGAAAAUCCAUCUUGAACGCGAUAAUUCGGACAGCCCAGCGAGAUCUUACGGUAUCAAGGGUCAUGGAUUGGGCGUUGCUCCGAGUCAGCAGGCCGCAAAAGAGCUUCUGGUGCUUUACCUACGCAACUGGCACCCUUUGUUCCCCUUCCUUCACGGCCCAACACUUCUUGAAUCGGUAGCGGCCUUGUAUGAAGUUGACGAACCACGGCUUUCGACCAAAGACAGCCUGAGAGCUCGUUUGUGCAAAGUCAUUACGUGCCAAUGCGUCUUCAACAUAGCUGACCUCGAUAAUCGGGGCCAGUGUCUGCCAUCCGAGUCACAGAUCGAGUCCUCGAGCAAAUUGCUCUCUCUCCUCGGAUAUGUCGCCAACAAUCACGACAUUCAAACCAUUCAGGCUUUGCUCGCCGCACAGCUUUACCUGGUCUCCACCAUGGCGCUCCGAGCUGCAUCGACCGUGGGUGGUACACUCGCUAGGAUCAUGUAUCAUGCUGGUCUCCAUCGUUGCCCAUAUCGCUAUCCCCAGCUCGAUCCCCAGGAAGGUGAUUUGCGAAAACGGAUUUUCUGGAGUGCUUACGUGCUAGACCGAUAUCUCAGUCAAGCUCUGGGUCACCCUCUAGGAUUUCAAGAUUCGGAUCUCGAUGUCUGUAUUCCUGGCACAGCAGAAUUGCACCGACCUGUCACGUCGUCAAGUCAACAAAUGCCCUCAGGAGACCGUGCAGAUGAAAACGAAGUUUUGGCUCACCUUCCCCGAGAACAGUCGGCCAGAUCGGCCAGUGCAGCGAAUGCAACCUCUUCAGUGGUGCCAACUUCUAGAACUGCGGACCCUGUCAAGUUUCACGGGUCACGAGAACAAGAGGAGAGAAACAGUAGUUCGGAGAUAUUGGCUAACUACGUUCUCUACUGUCGAUUGACAGGACAAGCAUUGGAACUAUUUCAUAAAUCGCUUCAGAACCGUAAAAUUCAAAGCGAGGACAUGGUCGAGCUACAGUCGGAGGUGCAUUCUUGGUGGAAUGGACUGCCCGCUAGCUUACAAGACGAAUAUACGGGAGGAAAGAUGGAGCUUUCUUCGACGUUCACCUUCUUUUUUAUCACCCUCUAUAACCAGUUGCUCCUCCUCAUCAAUCGUCCCUUUCUUUCCCUCUCGCCGAGGACUUUGGAAUUCAGGUCAAGUCUACAGACAUGUGUCACAGCUAGCCGCCAGAUAAUCUCCACGCUGCGCCAUCAAUCUGAACGAAAUCUGUCGGUUUCUUGGCCUGGAAUGCUAUCUGUAAGCUGGAUGGCUGGCUUGGUGCUGUCUUUUGCCUGCACCUUAAAGCUAUAUCCGUUCAACAAGGCACAAAGGGAGAUUGAAGAAUGCAUCGACCAGAUAACGGCAAUGGACAGAAGGUGGAACAAUGCAAGGCAUUGCGCAGAAGCGUUGAAAAGUAUGCUGGCAACUCUGAAACAGCAAUAUGCCGACGGUGUUCUCGGCCGCGCCCAAGGCGGUCUAACACCAAAAUCCCUUGCUAAAAAUCCAACCCCAAUGACGGACAAUAUUUCCUCAGUUGAUAAAGACAGUUCCUCCGACGUAGCUGCACGUCCUAGGAAACGAAGAAAAGCGGAUUUGCAAGAGAACGACCUCGAGUAUCUUUCGGGCAGCCUUCAAGUCGAAACGAAUACUGCGUCAACCCAGCGACCUGGUCCAACGUAUGACUUCGAUCCUGAUUUGGGUGGAUGGCCUGUAUUGGAGGACGGUGUCACUCUUCCAACUUUGGAGUACAUGGGACCCCAUUUCGCGGCUGGAUCGCCCAUGGCCGGGAGCUUCGACAAUCCUGACCAUUUUCGCUUGUCCAUUAUGGAUGACUUUUAUAUAAAUCCAGGUGCCUUUGGAAACAUUGGUUGGGAAGCAAUGGCUAAUGGGACAGGGUACGUGAACGAGCUGGGGGCUUCGAGCGGCCGAAGGCACCAGCAGAGGGACAGCUAUGACAUGCCAUGA